CCUAAAAUGCCAGUCAGCGACGUCUCUACCCGCGCUGCGCGGCUGUUCUUCGCGCUGGGGCUCACGGCAGCGCUGGGAGCUCUCGCACACUAUUUAUCGGACGACGAUGUCACAGCAAGGGGUAUAAAAUGCGCCACAGCAAGUAAGACCAUGAAUAACCCUACCAAGCUUAAAACGGGGUUCCGAUUGGUCACCGUUGGUCUCUUUUGCGCCCUGUGCAGCGGCUGGUAUUAUCAUUGUCGUAGCACAAACACCAUUGGUGGGUGGUCAACCCCGAGCCACACUGGAAAACUCAUUCGGGACGAUGCUGGGCGCGGCCCUGGGUCUUGCAGUCUUUUACGCUUGGGAUAAGGUGGUGCCCUUCCAGUACAACACAGACUACUACUUGCGGCUGCUGACCGCGCCUAUGGUGGGCGCCGUUGGCAUGUUCCUGGGCCACUGGCUGCGCAUGGAGGGCGCCGGCAAGCUGGUGCCCAUGACCUACCUGCUGGUGGUGCUGCAGGAGGACCUGCGGAGUGUCCUGUUUCGCACAUUGCGUGCAAGGUAGAGCGUGUGUGUGCUGCCUGGCCUGCUGCUGAUCCGGGGAUUUUUGGGC